AUGCCAUCAUUCUCAGACAGUUUCUGGUCUGAUGAUUUAUCAUCAGGACUUGACGUCCUUUUCCAAAAUCUAUAUAAAGGUUGUGACCAAUGUGACUCUUUUAUCCAAUUAUUUGCUUCAAGGAUGCAAUAUGAAGUCUCUUACGGAAGACAACUGUGUGCUGUUAGAUCUGGUAUUGAUAUUGUAGAUACGAACAAUAGUACGUCUAAUGCUUUAGACAAUAUCAUAAAACAAACAGAAUUGGAAGGUGAACAACAUUUAACAAUAGCAUCCAAUAUAGAGUCUUUGGUAUUAAAACCUUUCAGUCAAUGGUGUAACGAUCAUAGAAAAAGAAUUAAAUAUUCACAGAAAACUCUAAUUGAUAACAUAAAAGGAUUUCAAAAGAGCAAUAACUAUGUUAAGAAGUUAUCAAUGGAGUAUAUUAAAAAUUGUAAAAAGUUAGAAGAUUGGAAAAGAAUUCAUUUUAAUGAUGAUGAUUCUUAUAAUAAGGCUAUGAAAAGUUUAGAAUGUUUAAAUAAUUACAAAGUUCAGUUAGAACGUGAAAAGGAAAAUUUGAUAUUUGGUGAAAUUGGUAAGAUAGAAUUUGAUAAUAAAAGUUUGAGGCAACUAUUAAAGUUGUUGUUAUUAGAAUUACCUAAGACAGAAUAUAAAUUACCCUUGAUUAAUUUUAAUUUGCAAAAUACAAAUAAUGGUUAUGAGAUCACAAAAUUUUUGUUGGAGAAUAUGUCAUUGAAAGAUUUUGAUCAAGCUGAAGAGUUUGGUCAAGAUCUUUUAAAUUUUGGGUUUCUUAAGUAUUGUAAUGGUAUGGGUAAUAGUUUUGUGAAUUCAAAAAAAUUUCAGUAUCAGUGGAGAGAUUAUGCCUACAAUUUUGCCCAAGUUCCUAUUCCAAAUAAAAAUAAUGAAGAUAACUUGUCAAAUUCAUCUCAAUUUGAACGCUAUUUAUCUCAGACGAAAAAAACUUUGGCCACAAUAAAAAUAUCUGACAAUAUACCUUUGAAUUCGAACCAAACAAAUGCAACAGAUAAUCAAAUCACUUCAUUAGAAGAACCAACAGUAACAGAGUAUGAAAGUGAAUUGUUUAAAUUGUUAGAUGAUGUAGCAAAAUCAGAUAGUAAAUAUUUUAAAGAAUGUCAUAAAAUGGAUUCAUUAAGGUGUUCAAUUGAAGAACUUAUGAUUGAUCAUCUUUCAUUUAUGGAAAAAUGUGAACUUGAUAGAUUAAAGGCUAUUAAGAAAGCGACUAUGGACUUUUGUUCUACAAUAGGUAACAAAAUUGCCAUUAUGAAAUUACAGAUUGAUAAAAAUAUUGACUGUCAGGACACCAUUGAUCCAGAAAAUGAUUUGUUAGAGUUGAUUACUACUUAUAAUACUGGUUUAUUCCAACCAAAAGUUAUUACUUAUAAUAAUUAUUAUAACCCAGGUAUUUAUCAAAACUUUGGUAUUGAUUUGGAGACAAGAUGUAGAUUAGACAAAAAAGUCGUGCCACUUAUAAUUAGCGUCCUUCUCUCACGUAUGGAUCAAAUUUAUCCUGAUUUGGAAAAUGAUAAAAUUAGAGUUUCUGCAUGGAUUGACCGUGUCAAAUUAAGUUUAACGCAUGAAUUGAGAAAGAAAUUAAACCAAACUCAAUUCAAGGAGGAAGCAGAGAUACUAAACAUUUUAACUGAAGGACAAUAUGAACCCAGCGUAAUUGCUAGUGUUAUUAAGUUGUACUUACUGGAAUUACCUGAACCUUUGAUAUCAAAUGAAUUACUUGAUAUUUUAAGAGCAUUAUAUGAAAAAUAUCCACCAGCAGUAGGAAUAGAUGUGAUUACAGAGCCAGUAAAAGAUAAUGACAAAAUUCAAAUGUAUGCUUCAGACAAUAGCCAUAAUAAUGAUAAUGUUGAUAACACUUUGAGCAAUUCUGAAAAUAAAAGGAUAACAGGAUUAUAUACUACGUUAUCAUCUUUAUCGAAACCACAUUUAGCUACAUUGGAUGCAAUUACAACACAUUUUUAUAGAUUAUGCAAAAUUAUUAAAAUGGCAAAUCCUAAGGAGAAAUGUAUAUCUGUAUUAAAGGAAGAUACAACAAUCAAUAAUGACACGUUGGCUACAGAGGACAUGGGUUCUUAUGUCUCUGCUGAAUACUUUGUUAAUGAAAUUUCUAGAGAAUUUGCACACUGUAUUAUUCAUGCUAAAGUGUUUGAUGAUAAUAACUUAGGAUUCAAAAUAUUCCACGAUUUAUUAACCUACAAGAAAUUAAUAUUUAAGCAAUUAAAGAGACAAGUAUCUACAACAAAAUCUUAG